AUGAUGAUGAUACACGAGUCUUUAAAUUUACAUGCAACAGAUAAUUCAUAUACUAUUGUGCCCAAUUAUUUUGAUUCAAAAACCCUUGCUCAAGCUUUGAUUAUUAAUAGAGAAACUGGUGCACUGUCACUUAGUACAGGCGAAUAUCUUAUUGUUAUCACUGGUCGUGAGCCUGUUGGUAGAUUAGGAAAACAUAAUGUUUUCCAAGCAAAUCAAUUUCGUAUUUUACCUUUUGCUAGAAACAGUCUUCACCUAUCAGAAUCUCAAGUUCAAGAUGAAAAAAUAUAUUUAUCGUUGAUUGUAAAUCAUCUUAAACAUGGAAAAUUUUAUUUUUCAUACACAUACGAUCUAACUCACAGCAUGCAAAGACAAGCACAGCUAGGUGAUUUAGCUACAAGACCAACAUGGCAAAGGGCAGAUGAUAGGUUUUUUUGGAAUCGUUAUGUGCAGUCAAAAUUAAUUGAUUUUACAAUCAAAAAUCCUGAUCAAGACGUAAAUUUGGUUAAAUCAUUAAAACGGUUUAUUUUAUUUUUAGUUGUUUCAAUUCACUCGUCAAAAAUAAAUAAUAGAGACGUAGUGUUUUCUCUUAUAACUCGUCGAAGUAGAUUUCGUGCUGGAACACGAUUUUUCUCACGUGGUAUCGAUAAAGAUGGCAAUGUUUCUAAUUAUAAUGAGACUGAGCAAAUAGUUUUACUUGAUCCCAUCAAGGACGGAUAUAAUGAUACGGCCUUUGAAGGAAAAAUACAUUUAUCUUAUGUACAAACUCGUGGUUCUGUUCCAAUUUAUUGGGCUCAAAUCAAUAAUUUACACUAUACACCAAAAUUACAAGUCGCGGAUUCACCACAUAUGAAUGAAUCUGCACGUAAACAUUUUGAUGAACAGAUUAAAUUGUAUGGAGAUCAAUUUAUUAUUAAUCUUCUUAAUAAGAAAGGAUAUGAAUAUCCAGUUGGUGAAACAUAUCGAAAAGUUGUUAAUAAUUUAAAUGACCCUAAAAUAAAAUAUCAUCAUUUUGAUUUUCAUCAUGAAUGUCGAAAUAUGAGAUGGGAUAGGGUUGAAUUUUUACUUGAUAGCAUGGAAGAAGAUUUAUUACAAAAAGGAUUUUUUCAUGGAGAGGAAACUAAUUCAACUAUCUCAGUCUAUAAAACUCAAACAGCUGUUAUUCGUACUAAUUGCAUGGAUUGCCUUGAUCGUACAAAUGUUGUUCAAUCAACUUUUUCAAAGUGGGUGUUAACUCAACAAUUACGUGAGAUAGGAAUAUUGAGUAGUAAUCAACAUAUUGAUGAGUUUAACGAGUUUAUGGGUUUAUUUAGAAAUGUUUGGGCUGAUAACGCUGAUGCUGUCAGCUUACCUUAUGCUGGUACUGGUGCGCAAAAAACUGAUUAUACUAGAACUGGAAAAAGAACAAAAUUAGGUGCUGCACUAGAUUUACAAAAUGGAAUACUUAGAUAUGUGUUAAAUAAUUUUAAAGACGGAACGAAACAAGAUGCAUAUGAUUUGUUUUUGGGCAAUUAUGAGGUGAAAUUGAACGAUCAUUCACCUUUUACUAGAGAGGCGAAAUCUUUGCAAAUAAAAUAUACUCCACAAGUACUUUUAGGUUGUUUAAUAUUCAUGUUGUAUUUAUUAGCAACUCCAAAAUCCGAAGAUAAUGGGACGGAAUUUAUAAAUUGGCCAAGUCUUGUUCUAAGAGAAUAUCUAAAUAAAACACCAUCUUCAUCGUUGUCAUUUACUAAUAAACAUCUAGAAUCUAAAGGAUCAACUGGUUCUAAACAUGGCGAAAAAAUUGAAUAA